AGAAGUAAUCACAGUGCGGUGUAAAAGCCAAAAAGAAGAAGAAGAAGAAGAAGAACAAAGAUGGAUCUAAACAAGGCGAUUGCACCACUUUGCGUAAAGGGUUGUGGGUUUUAUGGCUCUCAGGAGAACAAAAAUAUGUGUUCAAAGUGUUACAAAGAAUAUCUCAAGUCUGAGUUUAUUGCUAAGAAUGAAGCCAAAGCAUUAAACCUGGAUAAAAAUUUGACUCCAUGUGAAUCAAGCAUUGCUUCUGAUUCUAGGUCAACCGAAACGACAUCGAAUUUUGCCACAUCUGGUUCAGGUGUGAAGAAUCGAUGCAAGAAUUGCAGGAAGAAGAUUGGAUUGACAGGUUUCGAGUGUCGAUGUGGGUACACAUUUUGUGGGAUGCACCGAUACCCGAAAGAACAUCGUUGUAGUUUUGAUUACAAGAAAGCUGACCGUGAAAUUCUGGUUAAACAGAAUCCACUGGUUAAUGGUGAUAAACUUGCAGAUAGGAUUUGAUUCGAUUCAUGGUUGUUUCAAAUUGAAUUUUU